AUGGAAGCCGCCACCUUUACAGCCGACGAGGCUGUGACAAUCUCACUGCAAGAGGAUGACGAAUAUCUGGGUGAUGACGAUUUCCAGUACGACGCCGCGGUGAUUUCCAGCGAAGAGAUUGGGCAGAGCUUCGUGACGUGCGCGCUGUCCCUGUCCCGCUUCGGCCACUACGCGACCGCCUCGGCCGCGCUGCUCGUGCUCCGGUUCGAGCUCGGCGGGCCGCCCGGCAACCGCCACCGCUUCAAGUCGGCCAGCAUUCUCGCGCGCCUGCGUCCGCUGACCCCCUCAGCCGCCCCCUCGCUCAGCGUGCUCAAGUACGCGCCGGAGCGGUGGAGCGACGCGCCCUCGGCGCAGGCCAUCGAGCGGCGUCUCGGCGCGGGCCUCAGCGCGGGCGGCGCGGUGCAGGCAUCGGCCCGCCGCGCCGUCUCGUACACGCGCCACGCGCGCCGCCACGUCCGCGGCGUCGCCGCCGGUCGCCCCGUUCUCUGCCAGGUGCAGUGGACGCUCGAGGAAAACGACGUCGAGCAGGACGGCCUCUGGGCGCACUUUCACCUCGUGCUGCUGGUCCGCCACGACGGCCCGUUUUCCAUUGACGUUGGCAUCAAGACAAAGGUCGGCUUCAGUGCGGACCCGCGCAAGUAUUUGCUGAGGCCCCUCAAGGGCAGUCUGGGAACCCGGAUUGUCGACCCGACACUGCCGAUUGGCGAAGCGGACCCGGCGCUGGAUGGGAACCCGGACCUGCGCGGCGUCGACUUGGCGGGGUUUACAGCCUUUGAAUAG